AUGACGAAUCGUUUUGAUGAUGAACAAAAACCAUUUUUAUUUAUUGAUGACAUUGAAAAAUCACCAUAUAAAAUUGCUAAUAUCAAUCUAGCUGAAUUAGGUAGAAAAGAAUUAUCAAUGGCUGAUGAUGAAAUGGCAGGAGUAAUGUUAUUGAGAGAAAUCUAUACUCCUAAACAACCAUUGAAAGGUGUUCGUCUUGCUGAAUGUUUACAUUUAACAGCACAAACUGGAGUUAUGAUUGAAAAAUUUCGUCAAUUGGGUGCACAAGUAAAUUAUUUUUUUGUUUUUCAAA